AUGGCGAAUCUUAGCAUCAGCCAAUAUGCGUGGCUAUGUACCCUUGUUGUAGCCCGUCUCACGCUUUUCAAUGCUAGACGCGGUGAGGAGGGAUCCCGGCUUACAAAUGAAGAAUGGAUAGAUGCAAUGGUAGUGACUUGGCUGUCUGAUGAUUGUGUCCAACAUGUAAAGGAUGAUGGAGAGAAGUACCUCAUUGGACAGUUUAAACUAGCAUACCUUGCUGGAAAGGGCAAUCAAUCAAAUCUCAUCUUUUUAAAUUUGGAGGGAGGACCCACCCAAAUCCACCGCUCCCUUGGCCCCUUAAAAUAUGUGAGCCCUUUCCUACAGAAAGCUGACAGCACAAGUUCUUGUAAGACAUCACUAUCAGUGACAGAUACUGAAUUGGAUGAAGAAUCAAGUGUGAUGCCACCAGGAGCAUGUUACCUCUUGAUGCCUCCUCUUCCAUCCCCAUCAAAAUUGAGGAGGAUUGCCAAAUCACCAAGAUACAAUUUCUGGGAUAGAGAAGACGAGGCAAGAGCAAUGAGUUAUUUUCAACCCUGGAUCAGAAAACAAAAAGUACCAGGAAAAGCAGAUAUGAUGCCAUUUCUGGCACAGGGUCAGUUUAGGCAGGAAUUAACUUGGGACAAGGGUGAAAGAAAAAACAUAAUAAUCAAGGAGAAUAAACUUAAGAAAAUGUUAUAAACAUAAUUAUCUUUGAAUAAAAACCUGUAUCAUUCCUUAUUAGAUUUAAUAUGUGUUUUGGAAUUAGACCUCAUGCAUUUUUGGUUGGUACAUGUACUAAUUAUGCUUUUUCAUAUCAAGUGAAAAAUGACAUAGGUUUCUAUUUCUACUUGAUAAGAAUGUAAGUAUAACACACUGGGGAAAACUGCACCCUGAUUUAGUGAUAUAAGCCUAAUGAACAUUUCUAUCGCACCCUUAUAUUGUGAUCAGUUUGCCA